CGGGCAGCGGCGCUCGCGCCGUGCCCUGCCUGCGCGUGUGAGAGCGAGCGGGCGUGUGCGUGGCGGCGAGCGGCGGUAUAUAGGGGAUGUGCCGCCGCAUGGCUCGUCCUGGCUGCCGCCGCGCCGGGUUUCUCCUCGGGCGCCGGUGAAACCUCUCGCCCUCCGGCUCGGCGGCCGCUCCUCCGCCCGCGCCUGGCGCGCCGAGCGCGGUUCCCGGCCUCCUUCCCGGGGCUGUUUCUGGAGCCCCGCCGUCCUUCCUGAGGCGGCCGCCGUCUCCCGCGGCUUCUGCGCUCCGGAGCGAGCGCGUAAAUGCGGUGCAGAUGGCCGGGGCGCAGCCAGGAGUGCACGCUUUGCAGCUCAAGCCCGUCUGCGUCUCCGACACGCUGAAGAAAGGCAUUAAAUUCGUCAAGUGGGACGAUGACUCAACUGUUGUGACUCCAAUAAUACUCAGAACAGAUCCACAGGGAUUUUUCUUCUACUGGACAGAUCAAAACAAGGAGACAGAGCUGCUUGAUAUCAGUCUUGUCAAAGAUGCCAGAUGCGGAAAACAUGCCAGAGCUCCCAAGGAUCCAAAGCUGCGUGAGCUGUUGGAUGCUGGGAAUGUUGGAAGUCGACUGGAAAAUCGAAUGAUAACUGUUGUCUAUGGACCAGACCUGGUGAAUAUAUCGUACUUGAACUUGGUGGCAUUUCAAGAGGAUAUAGCAAAGGAAUGGUCAGAUGAAGUGUUCAGUUUGGCAACAAAUUUGUUGGCACAGAACAUGUCAAGGGACGCAUUUCUGGAAAAAGCAUACACAAAACUUAAACUACAGGUGACUCCAGAAGGACGCAUUCCUCUGAAGAACAUAUACCGCUUGUUUUCUGCUGACAGAAAACGUGUAGAGACUGCAUUAGAAGCCUGUAAUCUUCCAUCUUCCAGGAAUGAUUCAAUCCCUCAAGAUGACUUCACACCCGAUGUGUACAGAGUGUUCUUAAACAACCUCUGCCCUCGACCUGAAAUCGACCACAUCUUUUCCGAGUUUGGUGCCAAGAGUAAACCAUACCUUACUGUUGAUCAGAUGAUGGAAUUUAUAAAUCUUAAGCAACGUGAUCCACGAUUAAAUGAAAUCCUUUAUCCACCAUUAAAACAGGAACAAGUUCAACAACUGAUUGAGAAAUAUGAACCCAACAGUAACCUAGCGAAGAAAGGGCAGAUAUCAGUGGAUGGAUUUAUGCGAUAUCUGAGCGGAGAAGAAAACGGCGUUGUUCCACCUGAGAAACUGGAUUUAAAUGAAGAUAUGUCUCAACCACUGUCACACUAUUUCAUCAAUUCCUCACACAACACCUACCUCACAGCUGGACAGCUGGCUGGGAACUCUUCAGUGGAGAUGUAUCGGCAAGUGCUUCUGUCAGGCUGCCGCUGUGUGGAGCUGGACUGCUGGAAAGGGAGAACAGCUGAAGAAGAGCCGGUCAUUACGCACGGCUUCACUAUGACAACUGAAAUAUCUUUCAAGGAAGUAAUAGAAGCUAUUGCUGAGUGUGCAUUUAAGACGUCGCCCUUUCCAAUCCUCCUUUCCUUUGAAAAUCAUGUGGAUUCCCCUAAACAACAGGCAAAAAUGGCAGAGUACUGCAGAUUAAUAUUUGGAGAUGCAUUGCUUAUGGAUCCAUUGGAAAAAUACCCGCUUGAACCUGGGGUUCCUCUUCCAAGCCCUAUGGAUUUAAUGUACAAAAUUCUGGUGAAAAAUAAAAAGAAAUCACAUAAGUCUGCAGAUGGAAAUGCCAAGAAGAAGCUCGCAGAGCAAGCUUCCAACACUUGCAGUGAUACAUCUAGUAUGUUUGAGCCUUCCUCCCCAGGAGCAGGAGAAGCAGAGAUUGAGAGCGAUGAUGAUGAUGACUACGAUGAUGAUUGUAAAAAGUCGUCGAUGGAUGAAGGUACUGCUGGAAGUGAGGCUAUGGCCACAGAAGAGAUGUCUAACCUGGUGAACUACAUUCAGCCUGUGAAAUUUGAAUCAUUUGAGGUAUCGAAAAAACGCAACAAAAGUUUUGAAAUGUCUUCCUUCGUGGAAACCAAAGGGCUUGAGCAACUUACCAAGUCUCCUGUGGAAUUUGUGGAAUACAACAAAAUGCAGCUAAGCCGAAUUUACCCAAAAGGAACACGUGUAGAUUCUUCAAACUACAUGCCACAAGUCUUUUGGAAUGCUGGCUGCCAAAUGGUUGCUCUCAACUUCCAAACAGUAGAUUUGUCUAUGCAAAUAAACAUGGGAAUGUAUGAGUACAAUGGCAAAAGUGGAUACAGGUUAAAGCCAGAAUUCAUGAGAAGACCAGACAAACACUUUGAUCCAUUUACUGAAAGCAUUGUGGAUGGAAUCGUAGCUAACACCUUGUCUGUGAAGAUUAUUUCAGGUCAGUUUCUUUCCGAUAAAAAAGUUGGUACCUAUGUAGAAGUUGACAUGUUUGGCCUGCCUGUGGAUACAAGAAGAAAAGCUUUAAAGACCAAGACCUCGCAAGGCAAUGCAGUUAAUCCUGUCUGGGAGGAGGAAACUAUAGUGUUCAAAAAGGUUGUUUUACCUACCCUGGCAUGUUUGAGGCUAGCAGUGUAUGAGGAAGGAGGGAAGUUUAUUGGCCAUCGGAUAUUACCAGUCUCAGCAAUUCGACCAGGCUACCACUACAUCUGUUUGAGGAAUGAGAGGAACCAACCUUUGACACUGCCAGCUCUCUUUGUGUACAUAGAGGUCAAAGACUAUGUGCCUGAUACUUACGCAGAUGUGAUCGAGGCCUUAUCCAAUCCAAUCAGAUAUGUAAACUUGAUGGAGCAGAGAGCUAAGCAAUUGGCAGCACUGACUCUGGAAGAUGAAGAAGAGGUAAAGAAAGAGGUGGAUCACGGAGAUGCACCAUCUGAAGCUAAUAGUGAACCUAGGCCAGCACCAGCAGAAAAUGGAGUAAAUCACACUGCCUCUCUUACACCAAAACCAGCAACUCAGGUUGUCCAUAGCCAACCAACACCAGGUUUGGUGAAAGCACCUGCAAAGACAGAAGAUCUUAUUCAGAGUGUCCUCACAGAAGUGGAAGCACAGACUAUUGAAGAGCUAAAACAACAGAAAUCAUUUGUUAAGCUUCAGAAGAAGCACUACAAAGAAAUGAAGGACCUUGUUAAGAGGCACCACAAGAAAACCACUGAUCUUAUCAAAGAGCACACUGCAAAGUAUAAUGAAAUCCAAAAUGACUAUCUGCGACGAAGAGCAGUUUUAGAAAAAACAGCAAAAAGAGACAGUAAGAAAAGAUCUGAAACGGGCAGCCCAGACCAUGGUUCAUCAACUAUCGAACAAGAAUUGGCUGCCCUUGACUCCGAAAUGACCCAGAAGCUAGUUGAGCUGAAGGAAAAGCAACAGCAGCAGCUGCUAAACCUCCGACAGGAGCAGUAUUACAGUGAAAAGUACCAGAAGCGAGAGCACAUUAAGCUGCUUAUUCAGAAGUUGACAGAUGUAGCAGAGGAAUGUCAGAACAGCCAGCUAAAGAAACUGAAAGAAACGUGUGAAAAAGAAAAGAAAGAAUUGAAGAAAAAAAUGGACAAGAAGAGGCAGGAGAAGAUCACAGAAGCAAAAUCCAAGGAUAAAAAUCAAAUGGAAGAAGAGAAGACUGAAAUGAUUCGAUCAUAUAUCCAGGAGGUGGUGCAAUACAUAAAAAGGCUAGAGGAUGCUCAGAGUAAAAGACAGGAGAAACUGAUAGAAAAACACAAGGAGAUUCGUCAGCAAAUACUGGAUGAAAAGCCCAAGACAAUGCCUGGAUCUCCAAAACUAUUGAGCACCCUGUGGUAAAUACGUGUGUGUAAUAUAUAAUAUACGUCUGCUACACUAACGUCAUUUGGAUUGGGAAAAUCCUAAUGGUGCAAGUGCACAGACUGUAUUGUUAGUAACUGCAUAAACAGGACUGGAUUUGAGCCGUUUGCACCCUACUGACAGCUGAAGAGUUGUAUCUUGUAACUUUGUAAUUUCCCAUCACUGUGCAAUUCAUGCUAUCCAGAUAUCUCUGCUAAAUUUGGUGGACUGUGUUUUGAGUACUUGCUGAAUAAGGAAAGGGAAAAAAAUGCUUGGUUUGCUUUCAUAGAAUUGUUGUCUCUUUUGGAUGUUGCUGCUGCUUUUUUUUUUUUUUUUUUCUUUUUUGGUUAAUGUUUACUUAUUUUGAGCCUGAUGUUCAUCCUCCAGGUAGGUAAAUAACAUCUGUACCACUGCAAACGCGUGCCUACUUUGCACACCCAAAUCCUAGUGUGUGAGCACUGACCAGUACAGACCGGUGGUCACCUGCAUGCAGAGUGGGCACGUUUUCACAAACACAAAUGUUUCCUUUGCAGGGAGGCUUGAUAAGACUGGUGCCAAAAGUAACAAAAAGCAGUAAUACUGCACAAACAAAGGAGUUUAGCAAGAGGAUUCUCAUUAGUGUUUUCCAAGAUUGGUUUAAAGGGAAUUUCUAGUCAAACCUCAACGAGGCUUGAACAGUUAUGAGCUUCACUGAAAUAACUAGACUAACAUCCAGAGUAAGAGAAUGUUUGUGUGCUGCAAACAUGUAUGUCAUUUUGUAAAAACUGCCAGUUUUAAGUAACGCCUUCUCUGAUUUGUCUGUCAGUGGGAGCACAAAACCACUGAAGUGUAGAGAUCAAAGGAACAUAAAAGUAAAGUGCAUCAGGAGAACUGAUCAGGAACUAUAGGAAAAAAAGUGGCUUUCUUUUUACACUUUACAUUUCACCUUCUUGCUGCUACGUUUUUUUCUGCUACAGUCACUUUCUGCUUCCUCAGCUAAUACUUUAGAUUCAUUUUGCAUGUCAAAAUGGUGCAAGCUACCACAAUCACUGGCACCCAUUGCCUGAACAUCUUAUACCCAAAGUGUAUCUUUUAACACCAUUUGUGUCAGUGCUAAUGCAGCUUUAAAGUCCACUGGUACCAAGGUGAGAAAGAGUUCAAGGAGAAAAUAAAUAAAGGUGUCUUUCAGUUGUUUCAACAGAGUAUAACACAGUGGCAGAAGUUCCUUUAUUAAGAAUUUCAACCAAAUCCAGCCACACUGUUAACUAACUUCUUUUCUUUUGCCUGCUAUUGUGACUCAGUUAUAAGGCAUUUACAAAUCUGCAUGAAUAUAGAAAGGGGACAUGGUGCUCAAAUGUAUUGUUUUGCUUCUUUACCCAUUACCAAGGAAGUGGCUCCAUAAUUACAUUCAGUUUUUAAAAAUUGCUUUGAGAGGAAAUGCUUUGUGGCACAUUGAAAACGUAUUAUUUUUGUUAUUAAGCUAUUUUAAUGUUCAAUAUUGAAACAGAUAAUUUUAUUUUGUGCUAUUGUUUGUUUCUAUUUAAAGGUUUCAAUUUGCAAUUUCAUUUGUAGCAAACAUGAUAGCCAACAGCUAAGGCAAAAUAAAGUUGACCUCAGUGAACUUGCAUGCGAUUGUUCCAGGGCUGAUUCUCACCUAGUAUCACCGUAUCACAUUUAAUGCCAUUACAGCUCUGGCUCUUGGAUAUACAAUAGGUAUAUGUGGUAUUACUUUGAAUACAUGUUAGGGUUUAAAGUACACGAGGUGCAAAAUGUCAAGAUUUUAGUCGCACUAAGUGUAUCAUAAGAGCCAUGAUUUAACUCUACAAACAGAACCAAGUUAGCAAUAGACUCACUCAGUUGCUAUAGCUAUGAAGCAGUAAAUCACUUAACACUGAAAUCAUGCUUAUUAUAGAGUAAAAGGAGACAGCGACCACAUUAUUUAACACAACAGAGAAUAAAGCAUACUGCAGCCAGAGGAAAAUGGCACAGUUAAUUUUGUUUGAAGGCUACACUUAGCAAGAACCAAAAAGUCACCCUCAUUCUAAGUUCAGGGCUAUAGUUUUGUAGCCAUCUUCUAGUAACUAUAACUGCAAGCUAAAAACCGUGGGUCUUUUUGUUUGAUGUUGGAAUACCUUCAGGACUUCCCUAAUCCACACCUUAGAGCUCUUCAAGAGAGUUGAAGCUCAGGGUGUGUAGAGUGUAUGUGAUGAGCCACAGCCAUCCCAGUGGGUCAGCUCUGAGUAGCAUGCAGCUGCCUGCAGCAUUUUGGGGUCUUCUAAGUAUGAGAUCUUCUUCAGGGACAGCCUGAAAAUCCUGCCUCUCUUUGAAACUGUCAAAACAGAAGUUUCAGAGAGAAAUGCUGAAUCUGAACACAGGCACAGCAGUGUUGUGUCCAGCAGCAACGGGUCCCACAUCUCAUCAUGCUCAGGCACUGCGGCAGGGCUGAGUCAAAGGGAAUCAGCUGACUGGUGAAAGUCUGCAGCACUCUCAUAAGCACUUGCAUUUGUCACUGAAGGUUUUCCAUGCAAACUUCACAAACUUCACAGAGUCCAUGGCAUUGGCCAUGACUGCAGUGUGACGCCCUCCUGCUGCAAUGUCUGGAGGUAUUUCUUCAAGCACAGCCUUCAAGUAGCAUAGGUGAUGCUUGUGUUUUUUUUAAUUCAGAUAUUCUUAUCCCCUCUCCAAAAAAAAAAAAAAAGCUGUCAUUUCCCAUGAUGUGCCUGAUCUGCAACUUAGCAAAUCUCCCACGUAACACCGCUGAAAUAUUAUCUUCUGCCAGUAUGGAGUGACAGGUUGUGAUAAAUAGAGUGAUUUCUCUGACUAACACAUUCCUACUACCUAGUCAAAUAUUAAUGAGCCCACACACAGAAGCAUGAAGUAAUCUUAUGUUUUUCAUUAAAUACGUAGAUUAAAGAGCUGUUAUUUUACUGUAAUGAACAAAAUUAUGUCAUUUCAGCUUAGAGUAAUUGUUAAUCAUAUCAAAUUGA